UCCCACACCUAACUUGAAGUCAUCAUUAAACAUAUAUCCACUUCUUUUCCUUUUCUUUAAUUAAUCUGCACAUAAGACGAACGAGAAGAGAAACCCUAACAUGGGACAAGCUAAACAAGCCAAGAACGAUUCUCCGCUACAUGAGCAGUGUACUACUAUUUUGUCUUCAAAUCAAAAUGAAAAUUUUGUUGAGAUAGAGAAAGAGAAGACUAUUGCGUUGAUAAAUGCAUGGGAAGAGAACGAGAAGGCGAAAGCUCAGACCAAAGCGUACAAAGAACUUUGCUCCAUUGAAGCAUGGGAGAACAACAUGAAGACAUCUCUAGAGUUAGAUUUGAAGAAAAUGGAGGAAAAUUCAGAAGUGGAGCAAGCUGAGUAUUCAAAAAGAUUCAAGAAAAAAAUACCAGAAAUUGAAAAAAUUGCAGAAGCGAAAAGAGAAAAAAUUGAGAAACUAAAGGAGCAAAAGUCUAUCAACUUGAAAAAAAUGAGUGAGAAGCUAAGUGCAACUCCAAAUGCUUAUCCACCCAAAACCAAAACCUGUGGAUGUUUCUAGAACAUGUCUUAUGGUUCAAUUACUGGCCCAUUAAAUAAUCAAGUAGACUUUGCUCGUGGUUAAAGGGGAAUAUAUAUAUAUAUAUAUAUAUCCAACAAAUAAUGGAAAAUCUAUGUUGACAUUUUAAAGCAUUGAUGUAUCUUUCAUGUGUAUAUAAUAUGGUUGCACCUAUGGUAAUUGCUAUUUAAUCUAAUGACUCAUGCAGUUAUGCUCAA